UUAAAAACAUGCCGAAUUUUAGUGCCUCUCAUUAAAUGGUAAAAAAUAUUGUUGACCUGUUUAUAACCCCCGUUAAUUUCUUGGGACAAGCCGGCCUACCUGAAAUGUCAGGUGUUUUGAACGGAGCUCUGUGUGGACGUCAUGGUUGCUGGGGUUAGAUCCAGCUGUUGCACUUGCGCGCAUCGUUACCUUUAAGAUGCUCGCGCGGAUAAAGCUUGUUUUAGCUAAACCCGACACCAUUUUAGCGAAGAGAGAGAGUUUGGCGCGUCCGGUCAACACGGUCCGGAUGACCGCAGGAGUGUUUUCAGAGGCACCGGUGGAUGUUUUCUCCUCAAAGCGAAGCGGGGGAAUUAACGGCGGGGCUAAAAUCUAUAAAUGUCGGAUUUCAUUAUUUGUCGGCCUACCGAGCAGCGGCGGCGGCGGCGGCGGGGGCGAGAGGGACGCGACGAGAGGAGAGGAGGAGACGGGGUCCACUAGGAGAGGAGGGUGCUUACACAAAAUACUUUCCCUUUAAAGCGGAGAGGGACAGAGGGGGUGAAGAAGAGAUAAAAAAAGAAAAGGAAGAAAGACAGAGAGGGAGGGAGGGCGAGGGAAAGAGAGAGGGAGAGAGUUUUUGAAAAAAAGAGAAAGAUGUCAUCCUGUCGAUUGAAACACCGAGGCGGAGCCAUGGACCGCGGCCGACCAGGAGCUCUGUAGUUAGGGGACGAGCUGUACGCAACGCCGAGGCUUGGAACCCGACGCUGCGGCCUUUUCUCGGAGCGAUCGCAAAAUAAAUGACUCCCGAACAGCUGCUGACUAUGAUUAGCACGUUUCGACUACUCGUCCAUCUUCUGUUUAAAAAUAAUCUCUAUUUUGCAUGCAAUUCACCAGAUUUUAUUACAGUAGACAUAAGCAAAUUAUAUUAAAAAAUGCACCAUUAAAGCAAGCAUGAUACCAACCAUUUUGUCGCAUUUACAAAAGCAUCUUGUCAGUGCCUGUUUAUCGCCAACAGAUAUUUAUUCAGAACUCAUAGCAGCCUAAUCACUAAUAAGUGUUGAGUUGAUUGAAGCUAAAUAUCGUCCGGUGUCAUCGUAUAUCUCCAUUAAUUAACCCGGGCAGGUAGAGAGGAGCUGCCAUACAGGCCUCGGGUUGGUGUUUUCAGAGCGGUAGUUGGAGCAUUUCUUUCCGGGCUCCGUUGCCCUCCUCCCUCCCCUCUUUGCUCCCAGCCUGGUGAGCUUUUACUCCUUCAGGAUGGACACCUCCUGGAGCAAUUUCCUCUUUCAGACGGCGCCGACUCAGAACCAACCGGAGACGCCUCUUCAGUCGGAGCUGCUGCCUGAGCUGACGGGCUCGGCUCAGAGUCCUCCUGCCGACCACAUCGUGACGCCGCCGUCCACCGUCGACACCGCCGCCCUGAGCGAGGAGCCGCUACCUGUCAAACCGCUCACCAAGCCGACCCGGCCCGCCCACAUCUGUGCCACCUGCAACAAGGAGUUCAAGAACAGCUACAACCUGCGGCGCCACCAGUCGGUGCACACGGGCAUCAAGAUGAAGGACCGCGCCGCCCGCGAGAAGGAGGACGGAGCGAAGGGCGCACGGCUGGAGAAGCAGACCGUCCCUCUCUCCCUCCUCCACCUCACCCUGCCCCCACAGCCCCCUCCUCCUCCUCCUCCUCCCCCUCCCACCGUCACCGCACCGGAGACCCUCCCCCAACCCGGUCAGCACGCCAACCAGGAGAGCCAGCCGGUCUCUGUGUCCAUUGCCCCGGCAACCGUAACCAUGGCUGCACCGCCGCAACCCAUCCAAGCAGCUGUUGUUGUUGUUGGGUCCAUGGAGCAGAAUCCAAACCCCACCCCCACCCCCAACCCCAACACUAACCAGGUGAGGAAGAACCACGCCUGUGAGGCCUGCGGGAAGGCCUUCAGAGACGUGUACCACCUCAACCGCCACCGGCUGUCCCACUCCGACGAGAAGCCCUACUCCUGCCCCAUCUGCCAGCAGCGCUUCAAGAGGAAAGACAGGAUGAGCUAUCACGUGCGCUCGCACCAGGGCGGCGUGGAGAAACCGUACAUCUGUCCGCACUGCGCCAAGGCCUUCUCCAGACCGGACCACCUCAACAGUCACGUUCGACAGGUGCACUCUACAGAGAGACCGUUCAAGUGCACGGUAACGUCUUCAUCUGUCUGUUCAACCAAUAUGGACGUGCACGUCAGCGUUCGCCACACGCGACCGUCUCCGUGCUCAUCUGAUCCGUCACGAGGAGAAGGUGCCGUGUCACAUCUGCGGGAAGCUGCUGUCCGCCGCUUACAUCACCGACCACAUGAGGGUCCACAACCAAUCGCAGCACCACGCCUGUCACCUCUGCAACCGCAGCUUCACCACCCUCACCUAUCUGCGUGUCCACGCUCAGAAGCACCACGGCCAGGAGUGGAAGGAGAGCGGUGGUGCGCGGGGGGGUUUCGGUGGAACGGGGGCCGGCGGGGUGCUGCUCUGCCAGCUGUGUGGGGUGCAGUGCAAGACGGCCACGCAGCUCCAGGGUCACAUGGGCACCCACGCCAACCAGGGCGACCCCAGCCCCGACCUGACCAGCACGGCCCCCCUGGGCACCACCAGCGUGGCCGUCACUGUGUCCAGCGCGAGCACAGUGGGACUGCUGGUUACUGACUGCUCCAGUAUCGCCCCCCAGCCUCACAGCUAGCACUGCUGGGAGGGCGA